UCUUCCAAAAACAUUGAUCUGGACAGGUUUCUUCCUUCUAACUACUUGGGGAAGCAUGGGGAUCACUAUUUUUCUUCAAUUAUUUUUCUGUUUCUUCUUUAUUUUGCAGAGUCCAAUUUUGGCUGUGAAAAAGUCGUAUGUGGUGCAUCUAGAGAGACACUCACAUUUAUCAGAACCUUCAGCUUUGGAAAUUGAUGGAAUUACUGAUUCUCACCAUCAAAUCUUGGCUUCUUGCAUGACAAGCAAGGAGAAGGCAAAAGAAGCUAUAUUUUACUCCUACACACGUUACUUCAAUGGUUUUGCUGCAAUACUUGAAGAUGAAGAAGUAGCUCUACUCUCAAAGCAUCCUAAAGUGGUAUCAGUUUUGAAAAAUGGAGUAAAGAAAUUGCAGACAACCAAGUCAUGGGAAUAUCUUGGACUGGAAAAGAAUGGAGAAAUUCCUGCUAAUUCUCUUUGGGCAAAGGCAAAAUUUGGUCAAGAUAUUAUUAUUGCAACUCUUGAUACCGGAGUUUGGCCGGAAUCGGAAAGCUUCAAUGAUAAUGGAAUGGGAAGUAUUCCAUCAAGAUGGAAAGGACGGUGUCAAACAAACGAUGGAGUUAGAUGCAACAGGAAGUUGAUAGGAGCAAGAUACUUCAACAAAGGCUACGAAGCAGCAAUCGGCCACAAACUCGACUCAUCAUUCCAAACUGCAAGAGAUGACAAUGGCCACGGAACGCACACGCUCUCCACAGCCGGUGGAGGGUUCGUAAGAGGUGCAAAUUUCUUAGGUUCGAGCUACGGAACAGCGAAAGGCGGUGCACCAAAGGCACGAGUGGCUUCAUACAAAGUUUGCUGGCGGGGUUGUCAUGACGCGGACAUACUUGCGGCCUUUGAAGCUGCUAUAAGUGAUGGUGUGGAUAUUUUGUCUGUUUCACUGGGCGGUUCUCCGCAGGAAUACCAUAGCGAUCCGGUUGCAAUUGGAUCGUAUCAUGCUGUUGAGAAUGGAAUUCUUGUAGUUUGUGCUGGUGGAAAUGAAGGACCGACUCCGGAGACUGUAUCGAAUCUUGCUCCUUGGAUUUUGACUGUUGCAGCUAGCUCUAUUGAUCGUGAUUUUCCUUCUACUGUCGUCCUUGGUAACAAGAUUCAUUUCAAGGGCAAAAGCUUCAAAACCAAUACAUUACCAAUUGGCAAGUAUUACCCAUUAGUCUACUCAGUUCAAGCAAAAGCUGCCAACAUCUCCGGCGAGAAUGCGAAAUUUUGUCAUUUAGGAAGCCUGAACCCGAAGAAAGUGAAAGGAAAAAUCGUAUACUGCGUUCGCGAUAGUCAUUCGGAUGUUCAAAAAAGCUAUUGGAUUGCGAAGGCCGGCGGAGUGGGGAUGAUCGUCGGUAUGCAUGGUUUAGGAAGCGAAGUCAGGGCUGAGGCAUAUUUUGUAGCAACUUCUAUGGUUUCUGCACAAGAUGGACUGUCUAUUUUAAGUUAUAUACACAACACUAAGUCACCAAAAGCUUAUAUUAGUGGUUCCACCAUUUUGGGAACAGUGACAGCUCCCAUCAUGGCGGAGUUUUCAAGUCCUGGCCCUAAUUUUAUCACUCCACAGAUCCUCAAGCCUGACAUAACUGCACCUGGGGUAUCAAUUCUUGCUGCGUACACAGAAGCAAAAAGUUCAUUCCCAUUGUUUACGCACGAAUUCCAUGUUCCCUUCAACAUUAUAUCCGGAACUUCAAUGUCUUGCCCUCAUAUUUCUGGCAUUGCUGCCCUUCUCAAAGCUCUGCACCCUCGCUGGAGCCCCGCUGCAAUCAAAUCCGCUAUCAUGACAACCGCUAGAACUAGAAGUAAUGUUCGACAGCCGAUUGCCAAUGCAUCUCUUGUUGCUGCGGAUCCCUUCAACUACGGUUCAGGGCACGUUUGGCCAAACCGUGCAGCGAACCCCGGCUUAGUCUAUGACCUUACUAGCUCUGAUUAUUCAAACUUUCUCUGUUCCAUCGGCUAUAACUCGACCAAAUUGCGAUCAUUGUUCGUCAAACGUUCAACCCGUUGUCCAUCGAGGAAAACUAGUCCUUCGAAUUUGAACUAUCCAUCGAUUAAUAUCCCGAGUCUCUCAGGCAAAGUGACAUUGUCUCGAACCUUGAAGAAUGUCGGAAAUCCGAGCUCGUAUAAGGUUAAAGUGAAACAACCUAAGGGAAUUUUGGUUAAGGUUGAACCAGAAACCCUGAAAUUUGACAAGUUAAAUGAAGAAAAAAUGUUUAAGGUUAUAAUACAAGGUAAACGAGGCAAUAGAGCUGAAGAUGAGUAUGUUUUUGGAAGCCUUACUUGGACUGAUGGGCAGCAUUAUGUAAAGAGUCCAAUUGUUGUGAAAAAGGCAAGUAAUGUUGAGACUUAAAUUAUAUGCAAAUAAUAAAAUAUAUUUUGUUCUUAA